AUGGUGCUAGAAACUAUCAUCCACGAGAUGAGUGGUGUCGACUUGGACUCCUCCGAGGAGCUGCAGUACGGUCCCGGCAUCGUUAGCAAGCUUAAGAAUAGGUAUCUAAGUUUGCAUAUGAGGAAGGCGGCCACGCUAAAGAAUAUGCUUGAUGAAGACCACCCAAUUAAGGAGGAAAACAAUCAUAAGUUCCCAGAUAGCAGCAACCAGUUGUUCGAAUCAGCAGAAAACAAGUUUACAAUUUGCGUUAACCGCCCGAAAGGGCCAGCUCCAGUCAUGAACGAGAAGGAAAAACCACCAGCCGGUGUCGUGAAGCAGGUGAAAAAGAUCUUCGAGACACGACCGGAGCGCCCCACUAAGCCUCCUCAACAUACCGGUGAUGUAGCCGCUAAAGUGGCCACCUUCAAGAGCAUCAUCACGAAGGCAUUCACGAAGCCGACACUCAAGCAGAAGCCGCAGGUGGACAAGCCGCCUCCAGCUCGUUUGCCCAUCCCUUCAACGCCACCGCCGAAGAUGCCUCUGCCCAGUCCCAUUCCGGACGUCUCCAUGAUCAAUGCCGAGCAAACGGACAAAGAAGAAAAUACCUCUAGUCUCACUCAAACCCCGGACUUGAUACUCCACUCUAGUCCCAUACACACGAAACCAUCGACGCGUCGAGAGGCCGACCUGCAGGAUCAGCAGAACUGUAUCGUGUUCAAAUUCACAGGUCGGAAAGAUGAAGACUUUGUUGGAAAUGACGGCACCAUCCGCACCGGGAAAAUCGAAAAACCUAAGACUGGUGAAGGAGAAAUCACGAUAUUACCAGGAACGUCGAUGACAUUUGUGGACUACGAGGAGGAGCAACGAUCGUUGGAAGGUCCUAUGAGUCCUUGUGAUGUGAGCUUCAUUAACGACAACAUUCUCAUCAACGGCCGUUCUAAUCUUAGUCAAAAAACCAAAAAGCCCAAGAUGAAAAUCCGGUUUGUCGAGGAUGUACCGCAAAUAUUUGUGUACCCCUCGGAGGCUUCGAUGCUUCUCCUCGAUCAGCAGGACGUUCAAUCUCCAACGACGAUUGGCGCUAUGGGACACACCGUGCCAUCUCUAACAGGUUCAUCAUCGAUGGGGACGUACACUCUGAAAUCAGGCUGCAGCAGUGAAGAGUUCGAUGACCCAGCAGUGUUGGAGCGCGAGGAACCAGUUUUGUUCAGUUCUGGGACCAUUCCAGACAUU